UUAGUCAGCAUGGCUCCUGGGAUUAGGAGUAGCAUUUGCAAGGAAGUCCUUGAAUCUCAACCUGCAGAUCAUGAGUUAUCCAUUGCAAGUGAUGAAUUGGAAACAUUCCAGCUAACUAAGUCUACUAUUGCUCCUAGCAUUAAAGGAGGUGUAUCUUCCACUAAUGCUGUGAAUGAGCUUCUUAAGUGCCCUGUCUGUACAAACUCAAUGUACCCUCCCAUACACCAGGAAUACUUGCUAAUGUUUCAGAGGUUUGUAAGCAAGAUCUUGACUUUAUGUGUCCCAACCAUUGCAGUAAUUCGAGGACAUGUAGUUGGCAUGGGCUGCAUUUUUGCAUUGGCACAUGACUAUCGGCUCAUGGCCUCUAACUAUGGUUAUAUUUUCAUGAAUGAGGUUGAUUUUGGGUUGCCAUUUACAUUGGGGAAUGUGAAUGUUCUCCAGCUCAAGCUAAAGUCAGGAAGACAUUUUACCUGA